UGGUGACAGUCAACUCUUGACAAGCGAGUAAACUUUCGAGGACUCGUCAUCUGGGACCGAUUUAGACCAGUCAUCUUCGUUAUUGACUGAUUUAGUUUUACGGUUACUUCUCGACUGAACCGUCUUGAUUUACUCUUAUGAUAGAAUGAGAAGGAAUCAUGGUGGUGAAUUCAGUGCACUGGUUUCGCAAAUGUCUUCGUUUACACGAUAAUCCGGCGUUACAGGAGGCCCUCAAUGAAGCUGAUACAGUACGUUGUGUUUAUAUCCUGGACCCGUGGUUUGCUGGCGCCGCCAACGUGGGAAUCAACCGAUGGAGGUUUUUGUUGGAGGCGCUGCAGGACUUGGAUUGCAGUCUGAAGAAGCUCAACUCCAGAUUGUUUGUUGUAAGAGGGCAGCCAGCGGAGGUUUUUCCAAGACUUUUUAAGGAAUGGAAAAUGACAAGGUUAACGUUCGAGUACGACCCAGAGCCGUAUGGGAAGGAGAAGGACAGCGCCAUUAUCAAGAUGGCCCAAGAGUUUGGGGUGGAGACUAUCGUCAGAAACUCUCAUACCCUCUACAACUUGGACAGGAUAAUAGAGAUUAACAAUAACAGCGCUCCUCUGACCUUUAAACGGUUUCAGACCAUUGUGAGCAGGCUGGAGUUGCCCAGGAGACCACUGCCUUCCAUCAACCAAAAGCAGAUGGACAAAUGUCACACUAAAAUAACAGACAACCAUGACCAGCAUUACAGUAUACCUUCACUGGAAGAAUUGGGCUUCAGGACCGAAGGUUUGCCCCCAGCAGUGUGGCGUGGAGGAGAGUCCGAAGCAUUGGACAGACUCAACAAACAUCUGGACAAAAAGGUGUGGGUGGCUCACUUUGAGCAUCCUCGGGGGAACAUGUGUUCACUGUAUGCCAGUCCAACAGGACUGAGUCCUUACUUGCGCUUUGGUUGCCUGUCCUGCAGGGUCCUCUACUACAACCUAAGAGAGCUCUACAUGAAGCUCCGAAAGCGUUGCAGUCCUCCUUUGUCCCUGUUUGGUCAACUCUUAUGGAGGGAAUUCUUCUACACUGCUGCCACCAACAACCCAAACUUUGACCGUAUGGAUGGGAACCCGAUUUGUGUUCAGAUUCCAUGGGAUCAAAAUCCAGAAGCAUUAGCCAAAUGGGCUGAGGGCCGGACUGGAUACCCCUGGAUUGACGCCAUCAUGACCCAGCUCAGAGAGGAGGGGUGGAUCCACCACUUGGCUCGGCACGCUGUGGCUUGUUUCCUCACCAGGGGUGACCUGUGGAUCAGCUGGGAGAGCGGCAUGAAGGUGUUUGAGGAGCUGCUACUGGAUGCAGACUGGAGUGUAAAUGCUGGCAGCUGGAUGUGGCUGUCUUGUAGUGCCUUCUUCCAACAGUUUUUCCACUGCUACUGUCCUGUUGGUUUCGGAAGAAGAACUGACCCAACAGGAGACUACAUCAGGCGUUACAUCCCCAUCUUAAAGGACUACCCAAAUCGUUACAUCUACGAGCCCUGGAACGCGCCAGAGUCAGUCCAGAAGGCGGCAAACUGUAUGGUGGGAGUGGAUUAUCCGAAACCAAUGAUCAACCAUGCAGAGAGCAGCAGACUCAACAUUGAGAGGAUGAAACAAGUUUACCAGCAACUCUCACAUUACAGAGGACUCAGUUUGCUUGCGUCAGUACCAACAAUCCAGGAGGAGGCAGAGCCACUGAUGACUGAUGAGUCUCAGACCAGCAGUGGCCCCGACUCUCCCUCCAGAGUUCACGAUGAAGCAGCUGGCUGCUCUACAGCUCCUGAUUCAUCCACAGUUUGCACAUCUUCCAACACUGUUUUACACCUAGAACUGGAGAGGGAUGCAACAAGAGGCUUAUCACACACAUAUGGCAACUCUUCAGACUCACAUAUGCCUGCUUCUGCAGCCAUGACAUUAACAUGUGUAGACCAUUCAGCAGCUGUAGAGUCUCCUUCUUCACUAGUCUCAACACCAGCGCAGAGCCCCUUAUCAAGGUCCACGAUGUGCAUGCCGUCCUUAUUGUGUUCCACAUUGGCCCCAUCUCCUAGUCCAGCCACAGCCCAAACCCAGACAUCUUCUUUGGGACCAAGAAGAAAAGGUUUUACCCGUAAGGUGCGCCGUGGCCAGAGGCAGCGAGGGCGACACAGCUGCCAUACAGUAGCCAGAGAGGGAGAUAGGAGAGGUGAUGAGGAAGAGGGAGAGCCAGUAGGAGGGAAAGAAAAGAUGGAAGAAGGUUUAGAGUUGGAGGAAGAGAGAAUGGAGGAGGAGACUCAUGCAGGACAUCCACAUUAAUACACAGUACAAUAAAACCUUCAUUGCUUCUACAAACAUGUCAAAACAGUGAUAAAACAUAUUAUUGCAUUUUUGAGAUGGCGCUCCAAAAAUUAAAUACUCGUUUGAAAACAACACUUCACCAGUCACUCAAAUGACCCAAAAUCUCCAAAUUGUGUUUUCUUCUCAUGUAUCUUUCAGGAGAAGUAACAUUUAACAUCCAUCCUGGGAAAACGGGACAGUUAAAAUUGAGAUGUUUUGUGGUUAUGCGGAAAAUAUACACUCACCGAUUAGAACAUUAAAGGAACAAAUGCACAAUGUAAUUAGAUCCAGUGCAAUAAUUAUAACCACAAUUCUGCCUUUUUCAUUUUCUUUGUUAUAAAAAUCUCAGUUUUGAUUAACACUGACAGAGUGUGUACUUAAUAUAUUUAUUGUGGUUGUAUUUUGCAAUUGUCGAGAACGUCACCCCUUCACACACUGUUCCAAUUUUUUUACCUUUAUAUUGAGAAAUAAGAGAACAAAAAUCUUAUUAAUGGGCCUGUCUGUAUGAUGCAAUUUUACACAACUACAAACUUAACAUAAACCUUCAUAAUAAACAGAGCAGUAUAUUUGUAAAGGCAGUUUUAGUGAAACACUCCCCGUAUUAGAUCUCAUUAGAUUGUGCAAGUGUGCCUAAUUCAAUGUCCGGUGAGUGUGUAUAUAUAAAAUAUCUGGAAGUGCAAACAGUACAACACCAUUUCACUUGAAACUUGAAUAUUUUGGUCUAAAAUAAUGGGAGACUGCAGAAAUAAGUAUGCAGGAGUGAAAAUAAAUGAUCAACUGUUGUGUAAAAAAAAAAAAAAUGGAUUUGGAUGACUAAAGUGUUUAGAUGAAUCUUAAUCCAGCGAUGCACACUCAAGCAACAAGAAGCGCCAUAUUGCGACAGAGCCUUGUUUAACAAUACCACCUUGCAUUGCUAUCAGCUGUAGCAUCUCCCUACUUUCUCCUGCUUCUAUUAACAUCUCGAUCGAAACCAGAUACCACAGGAUCACCUGAUUUGUGUGUGCAAUUCAACCCAGAGGGAUGACAAUUAUUAAUUAAUUGACAAGAUAAAGCAGUGUAUGUUGACCUUUUAUGCUAUUAUAUUUUAUACUGAAUAGCCCCCAGGGACAGAUUUAACGUUCUCUUGUGUGCAUCGCAACCUGGCAAUAAAUGCAUUUUGAGGCAGGCAAAAGACCGACCCCAAAUUAAAUUAAACGUCACAUCACAUUGUAGGCCCUUCAAUGUACAUCUUUUGGUGGCACACAUAUAAUGUAUAGCUAAAUACAAGGUGUCCGAAAUGUUCCAAGAUUGAUGUCACAAAAGAUAUUUUUCAAAAUCCAGACCCAUCAAUGUGGGCCAGAUUAUGAACCAGCACGUCUACAAAGAGGUUGUGCGGUGUUUGCGUGUUCAGUGCACGAGAAGAGAGGCGGUUUGGUCGGACAACUUGAGGCUGCUGCACCAUGACAAGGUGCCUGCUCCCAGUGCCCUGAGCAUCUGAGAGUUCCUGUCUGAAAAGAACAUUUCCAUGCUCCCUACUCGCCUGACCUGGGUCUGCCUGAUUCCCCUUGCCCCAUCCUUCCCAAACGCAAGGAGGUUAAGGGGACCUGUUUUGAAGGGAUGGACCACGUGAAGGUAGCUCUGACAAUGGAGCUGUGGAGGAUCCCACAAGAAUCCUUCCAGGAGUUCAUGAAGUCGUGGGAAAGAAGCCCGGGAAAGUGUGUUAGACUCCAGGGGGAUUACUUUAAAGGGGAAAAUCUGUAGUUUGGAUUUCAAAUAUCUUUUGUGAUGCAAGUCCUGGAACCUUUCUGACAUUUUAUAGAUGACGUCUCAGAAUAACAAAGUGCAGUCCAGUUAUAAUAUUUGCCGUAUUUUUUUUCAUUUUUUUUUUCUCAGGCGAUUGAUAAUGGUACUUGUAUUUAAUGAAUGUAGAGAAAAGCCUGUGGUCUUCUCACCCAUUAUUGUAUUUAUUAGUUUGUACAUAAAAUAUUUAAACCCCA